AGAAUUUCCUGCGUGUUAAGUUUGUAAUUGUAAGGAAGCAUUUCACUAGUUUCCUGUAUUCAAAAUACUUUUAAAAAAUUCAUGUAGUUCUUAAAUCUAUUGUUACCUUUACCAUGGCUCCAAAUACAAAAACUAGUGAGUCUCUCCUUAAAACUCCUGAAGAUCUGAAGUCUUCCGAAGAUACAAAACAGAAGCUAGUGCAUUUAAACUUGUUAACUUUCGGAUACGGACAUCUGGCUGGUCUCUAUGGAUUGUACCUGUGCUUCACAUCAGCUAAAUGGCCCACUAUCUUUCUAAAUUACGUACUUCUCAUCAUUUCUGAGUUGGGCGUUACAGCCGGAGCACACAGACUCUGGGCCCACAAGACUUACAAGGCCAAGCUGCCACUCCAGAUACUACUCAUGAUCUUCAACUCAGUCGCCUUCCAGAACACAGCAACAGACUGGGUGAGGGACCAUAGAAUGCACCAUAAAUACAGCGACACGGAUGCAGAUCCCCACAACUCGAAUCGAGGGUUCUUCUACUCCCAUGUUGGGUGGUUGUUGAUGCGGAAGCACCCUGAGGUGAAGAGGUUGGGGAAAGGGAUCGAGAUGCGCGAUAUCUAUAGCAACCCUGUUCUGCGGUUUCAGAAAAGGUACGCAUUACCAGUGAUCGGAGCAGCCUGCUUCAUCUUACCUACUGUAAUCCCCGUCUACUGCUGGGGGGAAACCCUCAGCAACUCCUGGCACGUUACUAUCUUCAGAUACGUCGUCAACCUGAACGUCACAUUCUUAGUCAAUAGUGCUGCUCAUAUCUGGGGCAACAAACCAUACGACAAGACAUUAAGACCUGCUCAAAACAUUCCAGUUGCCCUACUUACCCUUGGAGAAGGUUUCCAUAACUAUCACCAUGUCUUUCCCUGGGACUACAGGACCGCAGAACUUGGGAACAACAAGUUAAACGUCACAACUUUCUUUAUAAACUUUUUCGCAUGGAUCGGUUGGGCUUAUGACCUUAAAACUGCACCAGAUGAUAUGAUAAGAAAGCGAGUGGAGAGAACUGGAGACGGUACCAAUAUGUGGGGAUGGGGUGAUAAAGAUAUGUCUAAAGAUGACCGGGAGUCAGUGAAAAUUCUUGGAGAGAAGUUUCUGUAGUAUUGAAUGCUUGAAGGACAAGAACUAUAGAAAAAAAAUAAGACUUUUGUGAUAUGUGAAAAGUAUUUUUCUAAGUCUAAUUAAUGUGCUGUUGUUUAUGUCUUGAACAUUGCAUAUGCAACACGUGAUGCAGCGUGGCUCCUUAUUUGCAUUGCAUAUGAAGUGUGUUUUAAUUGCAACGUAGUAAAAUAUAGUAAUAUAAUAUACAGUAAUAAUAUAGUAAAAAGAUCUAAAUUCCUAAAUCACUGAAAUCGGCUUUGAAUUCAUGUUCAGAUCAUGGAUAAUUGUUAUCACGUGGUUUCCAGGAAUUUUACCCAGUUCAUAGCAAAUAUACUCCUCUCCUUUGAGGAUGCAAGAGUGGUGCUAUGUUAUGUUAUGUAUGAUUCUUCUUCUUCUAUCGUGUGGGUUAUGAGGUGGACAACCAACCACAUCAACCCUGGUGUCAGGGCACUAUUACGUAACGACUACUCCCUUACAUCAGUAAAUAGUAAUCAGGACCAACGGCUUAACGUGCCUUCCGAAGCACGAAUCAUCUUACUUUCGGACAAUCAGGUGAUCAGCCUGUAAUGUCCUAACCAAACUAGGGAUCACAAAGUGAAUUUUGUGAUAUGUCCCCAUCGGGAUUCGAACCCGGGACCUCCGGAUCGUAAGCCCUACGCUGAGCCACUGGACCACGGUUACCGUUUGUUAUGUAUGAUAUAGAUAAUUAUGCGUUAAUUUAUAUUUAUGUCUGCAUGUGGUAGAUCUGAAGGCGUUUUUGAUGCGCCUGAGUAAUAGUGAGAUGCGUACCUUCCUGUGUACAUAUAGUUUUAUUUAAGGUAAGUUUUUUUUCUACCAAAUCACAGUGGAAUGUCGUAAUGAAUACUGAGAGUAUUGAAACGACGAGAAUAUGCUAUUUAUAUUAAUUUAAUAAACUUUAACCCUA